ACGAAGACAGAGAGAGCCCUCCGGGCGUCGAUUCCGCCAUACUGCCACCAUUACUGACGCCCCCUCACCGCCUCCGGGCCCAACGAGCAAGCCAGGGAAGGGGAGCCGAGGCCUCGCCUACGCCUAGGCACGCCCCUCCCCCUGCGCGACAUGUCAGGGGACCGCUCGCCCACGGUAGAGCGCCGGCGGGGGAUCCGGCGCCUCCUGCUGCAUCCCCGCGGCGAGGCCUCCUCGUCCUCGCCUCCGCCGCCGGCGCCGGCGCCUGAGGAGGGGAGGCGGAAGGGGUUCGCCACGGCGGCGCUGCGCGGCCUGGGCUGCACGUCGGCGUCCGCGUCGCAGGCGUACGCGCCCGGGGAGGCCGCGGCGGCGGCGGCCGUGCGGUCGUCGGCGGACUGGCAAGGUCGGCGGCGCAGGAGGGGGAGGGACAGGAGGAAGGAGCGUGGCGGGGGCGGAGGAGGAGGCUUCGUCACCGGUGGGAUCGGCGCCGACGUGUGGUGCGCACCCGGCAUACCCUUCGCGGCGGAGGCGUCCUCCGUGAACUGCGUGGUGGCGCGCCACCAGAUGGUGGGGAGGGGCGGCCGCGGCGCCGAGGGGGACAGGUCCCACAGAGAGAGGCCGUGCUUGUCCCGGAGGGUGACCGUGCAGGAGCAGAUAUCCUCGUCCUUCAUGGACUCGCCGCCGCCGCCGCACCUCGAUGCCCCCUUAUUCGGCGCCGAUCUCAUCCCCUCCGGCCGCCUCCGCCGGAUGCGCGGGUGGCGCCACUCCCCCGGAGGACUCGAGGAAGAGAUAAGGAUGUUUCAGACAAGAGUGUUACUGGGAGGAAUGAACAUGUAUGACCGCUACCAGGAUUGGCGCCUUGACGUUGAUAACAUGACAUACGAGGAGUUGCUCGAGCUUGGAGACAAAAUUGGAUAUGUCAACACAGGGUUACGUGACGACGAGAUUACUCGCAACCUUCGGAAGGUCAAGCACCCAUCCUUCAGUUCCUUACGGUUCGCAACAGAAAUGGAAAGAAAAUGCAGCAUUUGCCAAGAAGAAUUUGAAACAAAUGAAGAGAUGGGAAGGCUAGACUGUGGCCAUAGCUACCAUGUGUACUGCAUCAAGCAGUGGCUCUCGCAGAAGAACAUUUGCCCAGUUUGCAAGACUGCCGUCAGCAAGAAUUGAAAUCCAAACUCCAGUCACGCUGUCUGUAGAUCUCGGUGAAAACAGCAAAUUCUGUUGUCCUGUACAGUCCGUUAUAUAUAUUAUUAUUGUAUGAACACAAUCCAUUUGUUUCAUCUUGCAGAAAGAAAAUGCCAUGUUUUGGUC